AUGGAGCUGAUCGGUGGCAAUACAAUAGUAGUUCUGGAGGCUUCGAAGUUAUUUGAAUUGGGGGCUCACGUAGGGCGACAUGAUCUAAAGGUGAUACUGGUUGAGUUGCGGGUAGAGAACUGUGUUCCUCUUGGCACUGGUCAGGAGCCGCAAUCUGAGGACCGCGAUGUUGAAGAGGAACUGUACAUACCGUUGGCCUCACUUGAGCCUCAUCCCGACUCUGAUAGAUGGAUGAUCGAUGGCGAUACGAGUGGUUAUAAGCCUCCUGAGCCAGACUUCCCCGCCUGCUUCGGACUUCAAACCAACCGCUACAUGAACAGAGGCGUCCUUGCUGGCAACAUUGAGCACUUCUGUGAAGCUGCACAGGCUCGGGCACGACCAGAUUCUGGUUCUAAGUUCAUCUCGACCGUAUACAAUGGCGGCACACCCAACGAGGUCAUGCUUAUCAUCGACUACGAGACUCCAGAUAUUGACUACGAGAUUGGUAAAGAGGACUGUGUCUUUUAUCUCAAGGAAAUUGUGCUUGAUCGAUGUGAUAGUAGUUCCAAGGACAACCCAGGAAACUGGAAGGCUGGCGGAGUCGCCCACAAGGACAAGAUUAGAUGCAAGUUUAACUACGGAGGUGAUGGUGAUAACCGCGAGUGGACUGCAGAGAUGAAUGGAGGGUCUGAUGUUGAGGACAAAUGCAUCUCAGAAGCCAUUGAGAAGGCUGGGGGGCCCAAGGUGGCCUAUGAAAAGGCGGCUCCUCCUCCUCCUCCACCUAAGCCCUUUGAGCCCAAGUAUGACUGUCAGGGGAGUGGGUUGUGCGGUGGCCCCCUUCUGCAAGUGAAGCACUGCGACUAUGCCGUUAACAGAUUGCGCCGGAACCAAGCAGAUCCUACCUGGUACGGGACUCAGGAAGGGCGCCUCACCAGAAACUGUUGGGCCAAGUCAGACGGUAUCGGCAGCGGCGUCUUUCUUGAGGGCAGCGGCUGUGAGUUGAUUGGUGACGACAUCUGGGAGCACUACCAGAAGAUCCGGUCUUUGUGGAAGAAGUGCGGCAAGGUCGAGUACAAGGCGGGUUGCUUUGUCAAGAUUGACUAUGUGACGGGGUGCAACAACCACGAUUAG